AUGUUGGGAAAUUAUAGAAUGCAUGAUUGCAUGAUUCCAUAGGGUGGAUUGACACAAGAACCGAUGGCGCAAUGGCACCAUCUUGGCCAUGAUUGCAAGGACAGACAGGGACUUACGAGGGCCGAUGAUUACGUACAAUUGAACAGGCGAUGACUUUACCAGGUCCGCCUCACAGAUUCCUCCAAGAGCAUGCAUGCUGCUUGUUGCUUGGUGAUGCCUGGCAAUAUUCAGAGCCCCCUGUCAAGGCACCAACGCCAUGCGCGUCAUGCAGGCAGUGAAAAGCAGGUAGACAGGGGACCUGCCCCUCCCCUCCAUCCCCAGCCAAAGCCCUUUGCAUGUCCAGAUUCCUCACCUGCAAAAGAUGGCGAAGCUGGAGGCAAUAACCGCGGAACAGUCUGCUAUCGACAUUCUCCAGACCCGAGACCCACGAGAAUUGCCAUAUAUUUAAGGACGAAAUCGCCGCUCUACUCCACUACGUACGAUGAAGUCGUCCGAAGAACUAGCUCAAUUCUCGAGGUCCUGUGUGACCAAAGCCGCCUCCUUGCGAUACAAAAGUGGACAAAGUUGACCGCCCUGGUUUUCGAGGACCAGACUGGAGCAACACCGCCGAAAUAUGAAAGCCCGCGUGAUACUUCAAUGCUUUGAGCAUCAACAUGGGCGGGAGACCCGUCCAGAAAACUCUUGAAGUAAUGUGGCCUA